AUGGAUUUGCUGCAGCGACAUUUGGAGAUCGAAACGGCUGAAAUGCGAAGGAUGAAGGCUUCGCCCAUGUUCUGGCUGCACAUCCCCAAGUGCGGUUCGAGUUUCUACAACACCCUGGUGCACAUGCCCGGAAAUUGCAAUGGAUGGCCAGAGAAUUUGAGUAUCAACGACGAAAUGUUUAGCAAAUGCUUCGAAGUUGGUUCUCGGGCAAUGUGCCCGGUGUGGUGUGAUCAAGCACGUCUGCAUUGUGACCAAAACCCUCAUGCCACUCAUCAGUUUUUGGAUGAAGAAACGUACCAGAUCUACAAGGGAAAGUUUGUGGCACUUUUCCGGCAGCCAGAGCAACGUUUGCUGUCUGCUUGGUAUGAUGAUUCCGACAUCUUUCGGGCAAACCCUUUUAUCUCUGCAUGCGCCGAGAAUCGCACGCCUGAAAGACUCAUGUCCAUGGACGAAUUUAAGGGACACUAUGGCAGUUGGGAAACAAAGCAGCUGGCGGGCAAAGCCCCGCCGCCGACGCAGGCCCCGGCUCAGCAGCCUCAGCAGGCCGAUGUUCUGAUGGCAUUGGAGCGCUUGAGGGAAGGCUUUGCUUUCGUGGGUUUGCAAGAAGAGUGGUCGCUUUCCAUUUGCCUGUUCCAUGCAAAAUUCGGAGGACCCUGUCGCAGCCUCGAAUUUCUGGACACCAGGCCCGAUAACCGCAGAACAAACGCUACCAGCACCUACGACACGGCGAUUUUGAAUGGCUGGGUGGAUGAAAGUGAUCGUCCUGUCUAUGCAGAGGCCGUCAAGAUCUUCAACGCGGAUUUGGAGAAAUUUGGCGUUUCACAUGAAAGUUGUACAGCUUGUUAUGAGGAAGCUGGUUUAGAUUUGACGCUUUAG